AUGAACGGACAAGCAAACGGCCACCCCACCGUUUCCUCCCGCCUCUACACUCCCUCCACCCCCCAAUUCCCCGAAUUCAAAGCCAUCGUCUCGCAAACCACCCAAAAAUCAACCUACCCCCUCGCAAGCGAGAUAGUCUCCAACAUCCCAAUCUACGACCUCUCCGCCCUCGAACAAGCCCUCUCCACAACCCUCCUCUCCGCCCUCCAAGAUGAAUGGCACCACAUCCUGCAUAAAGGACCAGGCGUCUACGUCCUCCGACAGAUGUACGCGCCCACAAAAUACGCGCAAACCCUAAGCGCCACAAAUGAAGCCUUCAACGCAAUCAUCGCCCACGAGCGCGCAACCCUCGCCAAAAAAGGCGACCACUUUGCCGCCGGCGGCACAAACGACCGCAUCUGGAACUCCUUCUCCAAACAUGCCCUGCAAGACCCCUCCUCUUUCGCAGACUAUUACUCAAACCCCUGGCUAGCAACAGUCGCCGAAUCCUGGCUCGGCCCGGCCUACCGCGUCACCGCACAAGUCAACGCCGUCCACCCUGGCGGCGCAGCUCAGGAAUCCCACCGCGACUACCACCUCGGCUUCCAGGAAGAAGCAGCCUGCAGCCGCUUCCCAGCAGCCACCCAGCUCGCAUCACAGUUCCUGACUCUGCAGGGCGCCGUCGCGCACACGGAUAUGCCGGUUGAGAGUGGGCCGACGCGCUUCUUGCCUUUCAGCCAGACGUUCGACAGCGGGUAUUUGGCCUGGCGGAAGCCGGAGUUUAGGCAGUUCUUCCAGGAGAAUUAUGUGGCGUUGCCGCUGGAGCUGGGGGAUGGGGUGUUUUUCAAUCCUGCGCUGUUCCAUGCCGCCGGGGCUAAUGAGAUGGAUAAGGAAAAUGGGUUCCGGCGUGUGGCAAAUCUGCUGCAGAUUAGUAGUGCUUUUGGGAAGCCGAUGGAGAUGGUCGAUUCGGUGCCUGUUGUUGCGAAGGUUUGGGAGUUUAUGAGGGAGAGGUAUAGGGUUGCUGGGAAGGUUGCGACUGUGCUUGAUCCCGAGGAGUAUAGUGCGCAGCAGCGAGAGCUGAAGGCUCUUGUGCAGGCUGUUGCGGAGGGGUAUCCUUUCCCCACGAAUUUGGAUCAGAGACCGCCGGCGCCUAGUGGGAUGGCGCCGGAGAGUGAGCAGGAUAUUGUUUUGCGGGGGGUUGGAGGGGGGUUGGGAGACGAAGGAGAUUGUUGCUGCUUUGGAGCAGAUGCAUAUUGA